AGUACUCCAGAUUUCCAGAUUAGUACUGUAGAAAAGAAUCUCGAGUCUCUAGAUUUCUCGCAAGGACGCCAGUAGCGAGAAAGAGAGAGACGGAGGGAGAGCGUCCAAACCCCUGCCAAACCAGAGUGGCAGAGACCAGAGAGGCAAGCAGCCGACGAGGAAAGCAAGCGGACGCCAGGCGGCGGAGAGCAGAUCAAACAAAAGCCACCACCCCUUCUGCAGUCCUUGCGAGCGGUGGAGGAGAGAAGGAGGAAGGAGGAUGGCGGCGUGCCUGCACGACCACGCUUGCGAGGAUCACAACUGCGCCGCCGAUUGGUCGCUCUACAACCACAUCGAUAUCCCCAAGGUGGUGGCUCUGAAUGAGUCUGUGCCCGGGAGCGUCAAAUCGGUAUUCAAGCCGUGGGAGCAGCGCCUCGAGACUUCUGGGGGUUUUCUGGAGAGUAAUGAGGGUGACCCUGAGUUACUUAUUUUCAUCCCAUUCACAUCUGAUGUCAAGAUCAAAAGCAUUUCUGUUGUUGGUGGUGCUGAUGGGACAAGCCCUUCAAGGAUGAGAGUAUUUAUCAAUAGAGAAGGUAUCGACUUUUCCGAUGCUCAAAACAUGCAGCCUGUGCAGGAAUGGGAACUGGCAGAGAAUUUGCAGGGUGUUCUUGAGUACCAAACAAGAUAUUCAAGGUUCCAGGGUGUGGCUAACCUUACUCUGCAUUUUCCUGAUAAUUUUGGUGGUGAUGCAACUAAGAUAUAUUACAUUGGGUUGCGUGGUGAAGCUACUCAGAACAAAAGGGAUGUUGUGGCCACAAUUGUAUAUGAAGUAAUGCCCAAUCCUUCUGAUCACAAAACAAAAUCCGAGACUGGAGGUGGUUUCUCACAUGUUGAGUAGACGUGUCAGAUGAGGCAGAUCAUAGUCAGGUGCUGCUCUUGGCUGGAGGAAAUGUGGCCCCUUUUAAGUUCUGUAUUAAUAAAACGAUCCAGCUCUUAGACUCGUAGCUUUGUCUCCUGGGUAUAGAACAAGUGUACCCGACGUUGUAGAUGGUGUGAUGAUGUAACCCAACUUUGAUGGUUGUUAGCUUGUAUGGUAAGACUGAUCUCCAAUUUUCGGUGUAUUCUACUCCCGCCAAUCCAUGAAAUGUGUCGACCAUUUUGUAGUAAGUUAGUCUAAAUUUUGUAUUUUACCAUUUUGUAGUAAGUUAGUCUAAAUUUUGUAUUAAAAUAAGAUCGGAGGGAGUAUUUGUUUAUGUCAGCUUGUA